AUGCUGGUUUUUGCCAGGAGACGCGAAUAUGAAAAUUUACUUCCCGAAAGUGCGAGCAGCCCUUGCCCUAUAAGUACUGGGGUUUUCCUGCUCAAACACACUUAUCUGUGUGUCCAAGUGUUUACAAAGCUUAUGGUUCAAUGUAUCCGACAGAUGAAAUUCUUGAUUGCUGCAACGCUCUUGGUGCUCGGGCUGGUAACAGUCUCGUCGGCCCUGGUGGAUGAGUCAGACUCCGGUACUGCUGCCGUGAAGAUCCUCGGCGGCUACGCGACCAGGACCCGCUUCAGCGUGCUCUCGUCUACGACCUUCAAAACCUGCAUCACGCAAUUGGGGCAGAAUGCACAGUGCCAAGGGCGCAGGAAGAGGGAGGCCAAGGUCUUGAACGAAAACCUCAUGGCCGCCGACAACGUGCGCGAAGUCCUCCUGGAUUCCUCCCACGACGAGCAGGUUGUGGCCGUCGACGUCCCAGAGAAGAAGGAAGUAGGCAAGCUGUUCGUCUCCCUGACUACCUUCACCACCCUGACCACGACGACCUUCUUCGAGAACACCGCCACCACCGUGUCCGUUUCCUUCCACUGCAUUCCUCCCAACGGCAUCAACUACGAAUACUGUUAGGC